AUGGUUUGACCAUGUCAACACCGAGGUGGCCUUCAAGAACGGUCUUUUUGCUGGCCACUUCGAGGUUCGUUUUUUAUGUUGGAACCGAUCUUGCACAUCAUACGCAUUGCCGAACAAUUAUCGUUUACCAAAAUCAUUUAACACUGUCUGCACAAAUUUGUUAUCGUAUAACAGUUUCCCAGCCUCUGUACACAUUGUGGACAAGUUUUUCUUUGUUUUAUAGUUUCCAUAACGUUUAUAUUUUCAGCAUACACCAGCAGAUGGCAUGGUGCCUGCGUAUUUGGGAUACUUUAUUUUUGCUCAGUCACAGAGGAUUGGAUCAAUGCGGAAGGACCAGGUUCCCGACAGGCACGUUCCGGAACCAGAGGAACUGGUUUUCACCAUAGAUGACGAGAUACGUGAUGCAAUCAUACAUACAGAGGAGACAUUUAUUAAACAGGCUUCGGACUUGGAACUAAUCUGCCCCAGCUUCACAGACUAUGGGAAGAAGUUCAUCCGCAGUUUCCAGCUUCACCCGGACUCCUACAUGCAGACUGCACUACAGCUGGCCUACUUCAGGCUGCAUGGAAAACCAUGCCCUGCGUUCGAGUCCGCGACCCUGCGACAGUACUACCACGGCCGGACCGACUUUGUCCGGGCCUGCAACAUGGAAGUGGUCAACUGGUGUAAGGCCAUGGUGGACAAGACAGUACCGGAUGAAGAGAAGAAAGACCUUUUAAUGGCGGCGUUAAAGAAACAUAUACAACUUAUGCAGGAGGCGAAAAACAUGCUGGGCUGUGAUCGUCACCUCUUUGGUCUCCAAGUUCUUGCCCAAGAUGCAGGGAUUCAUGUUCCUUCAAUCUUCAGAGAUGUUGCCUACAUAAAAAGUGGAGGAGGCGGGGACUACGUCCUGAACACUAGUCUGCUUGGGUAUACACAAGGCCCUCCAGGGGCACGGGCUCCCAGGGUGCAUCAAGGCUACUCCAUCUUUUACAAGAUCCAACCGGACAGGUUAACCUACACUGUGAGUUCCUGGAAGAGUUGUAAGGAGACCAGUGCUGAGAAGAUGUCGGCUAGUAUACAGCAGUCACUCAGGGACAUGCGCCAACUCGUCAUGACGUCAUAAGACAUCCAUCACUUAGUACUAAAAAUAUUCUUGUUUUUUCAGUUACUGCUCAGUAAGAACAUAACUACGAUAUAGCUAUUUGUCUGACCCAUAAAGAAGCAGAUAUGGAAUGAUAUGAGUAAAUUUUACCUUCUAAUGACAUUAUCCUCAGUUCUUCUGCUCUACUAGAGCCAGGGACAGAGCUCUAUAAUACUGUGACAGUCUCUACAGUCUCUACUGUUAUAAGAUUUAGAUGUGUCGGUACGAUGAGGUGAAGAUGUAACAUGCUACAUGUGCAGAACUUGACAGGGAGGUUUAAGAUCAAAAUCGUCCCUGCACCUCUCGGUGUUUGAGGCAGUGUCCAUCUCCAUUUCCAUACCUAAGCUUAGGCCACACAGUUGUGCAAUCAUUACUGCAGGGGGGCUAGUCCCACAUUAAAGUGUCUGCACCUAUCCAAAAGCAUACAUAUGUACAUGUAAUUAAUUCUCAACAACGCUAUGUAACGUUACUGGUUAAAAAGUAAUAAAAACACACCCAAGUACAAGUUUUGUAACUUACAGAUUUGCUCAGGUAAUUAAGCAUAGAUAUCAUAGGCUUUCCAUAAUCUAUACGUUUACUACGCACGGCACAGGUUCCGCAUAUACAGACCCAAGAUGCUCCUCAGCCACUGUAUUGUGGCCCAUCUUUAAAAGCUUGUCCAAACCUUAAAAUUCGGAGGAAUCAUUGGAGAUUGCCAUGAAUAUGGACGAAGGCAAGAAAUAAGUUAAGGCUACUGUUGUACUUUGGACGCACACAUUGAUCUUUGUCUGGGGCUUGUAUGGAUCGAUCAAUAAGGCACAUUCCUAUGCUAAAUCACCAUCUGAUGGGUGACUGUGUUUAAGCAAACAUCAUAUCGCGCUCUGCAAGCAAACCUCUUGAUGACCUCUCUUAUCUAUAGUGUGUCUCUGAUUCUU